GGAAAGAUGUUGAAGUUCAAGUACGGAUUGCGCAACCCGUCGGAGGCCAGUGCCCCCGAGCCCGUUGCCAGUCGGGCCUCCAGGCUAAAUCUCUUCUUCCAGGGGAAACCGCCCCUCGUGACUCAACAGCAGAUGUCCGCUCUCUCCCGGGAAGGGAUGCUGGAUGCCCUGUUGGUUCUCUUCGAAGAGUGCAGCCAGCCCGCCCUAAUGAAGAUCAAGCACGUGAGCAACUUUGUCCGGAAGUAUUCUGACACGAUAGCCGAGUUACGGGAGCUCCAGCCGUCGGUGAGAGACUUCGAAGUUCAAAGUCUCGUGGGCUGCGGUCACUUCGCUGAAGUGCAGGUGGUUAGAGAGAAGGCAACCGGGGACGUCUAUGCCAUGAAAAUCAUGAAGAAGAAGGCUUUGCUGGCCCAAGAGCAGGUUUCCUUUUUCGAGGAGGAGAGGAACAUAUUAUCUCAGAGCACGAGCCCUUGGAUCCCCCAAUUACAGUACGCCUUUCAGGACAAAAACAACCUUUACCUGGUCAUGGAAUAUCAGCCUGGAGGGGAUUUGUUGUCACUUCUGAAUAGAUAUGAGGACCAAUUAGAUGAGAACAUGGUCCAGUUCUACCUUGCUGAACUGAUUCUGGCUGUCCACAGUGUGCACCAGAUGGGAUACGUGCAUCGAGACAUCAAGCCAGAGAACAUCCUUAUCGACCGGACGGGACACAUCAAGCUGGUGGAUUUUGGAUCAGCUGCUAAGAUGAAUUCAAAUAAGGUGGACGCCAAACUCCCCAUUGGGACCCCGGAUUACAUGGCUCCGGAAGUGUUGACCGUGAUGAACGAGGACCGAAGGGGCACCUACGGCCUGGAGUGUGACUGGUGGUCUGUGGGAGUGGUGGCUUAUGAGAUGGUUUACGGGAGGACCCCGUUCACAGAGGGAACCUCUGCCCGGACCUUCAACAACAUCAUGAACUUCCAGUGUUUUUUGAAGUUCCCAGAUGACCCCAAAGUUAGCAGUGAUCUCCUUGAUCUGCUUCAGAGUUUGCUGUGUGUCCAGAAAGAGAGACUGAAGUUCGAGGGUCUCUGUUGCCACCCUUUCUUUGCCAGAACCGACUGGAAUAACAUUCGUAACUCUCCUCCCCCCUUCGUUCCCACCCUCAAGUCUGACGAUGACACCUCCAAUUUUGAUGAACCAGAGAAGAAUUCGUGGGUUUCAUCCUCUCCGUGCCAGCUGAGCCCCUCGGGUUUCUCAGGCGAAGAACUGCCGUUUGUGGGGUUUUCAUACAGCAAGGCACUGGGGUAUCUUGGUAGAUCUGAGUCUGUUGUGUCGGGUCUGGACUCCCCUGCCAAGAUUAGCUCCAUGGAAAAGAAACUUCUCAUCAAAAGCAAAGAGCUGCAAGACUCUCAGGACAAGUGUCACAAGAUGGAGCAGGAAAUGACCCGGUUACAUCGCAGAGUGUCAGAGGUGGAGGCUGUGCUUAGUCAGAAGGAGGUGGAACUGAAGGCCUCUGAGACUCAGAGAUCCCUCCUGGAGCAGGACCUUGCCACCUACAUCACAGAAUGCAGUAGCUUAAAGCGAAGUUUGGAGCAAGCACGGAUGGAGGUAUCCCAGGAGGAUGACAAAGCUCUGCAGCUCCUCCACGACAUCAGAGAGCAGAGCCGGAAGCUCCAGGAGAUCAAGGAGCAGGAGUACCAGGCUCAGGUGGAGGAGAUGAGGCUGAUGAUGAACCAGCUGGAAGAGGACCUGGUGUCAGCCCGCAGACGCAGCGAUCUCUACGAGUCCGAGCUGAGGGAGUCUCGGCUCGCCGCCGAGGAAUUCAAGCGGAAGGCAAACGAAUGUCAGCACAAACUGAUGAAGGCUAAGGACCAAGGGAAACCUGAAGUAGGAGAAUAUUCCAAACUGGAGAAGAUCAAUGCUGAACAGCAGCUAAAGAUCCAGGAGCUCCAGGAGAAGCUGGAGAAGGCUGUAAAAGCCAGCACGGAGGCGACAGAGCUUCUGCAGAAUAUCCGCCAGGCAAAGGAGCGAGCUGAGAGGGAGCUGGAGAAGCUGCACAACCGGGAGGAUUCCUCCGAGGGCAUCAAAAAGAAGCUGGUGGAAGCUGAGGAACGCCGCCACUCUCUGGAGAACAAGGUAAAGAGACUAGAGACCAUGGAGCGUAGAGAGAGCAGACUGAAGGAUGACAUCCAGACAAAGUCCGAACAGAUCCAGCAGAUGGCUGAUAAAAUUCUGGAGCUGGAGGAGAAACAUCGAGAGGCUCAGGUCUCAGCUCAACACCUAGAAGUACACUUGAAGCAGAAGGAACAGCACUACGAGGAAAAGAUCAAAGUGUUGGACAAUCAGAUAAAGAAGGACCUGGCGGACAAGGAGAGUCUGGAGACCAUGAUGCAGAGACAUGAAGAGGAGGCCCACGAGAAGGGCAAGAUCCUCAGCGAGCAGAAGGCGAUGAUCAACGCAAUGGACUCCAAGAUCCGAUCCCUGGAGCAGAGGAUUGUGGAGCUGUCAGAAGCCAACAAGCUUGCGGCAAACAGCAGUCUCUUCACCCAGAGGAACAUGAAGGCCCAGGAAGAGAUGAUUUCAGAACUCAGGCAGCAGAAAUUUUACCUGGAGACACAGGCUGGGAAGCUAGAGGCCCAGAACCGAAAGCUGGAAGAGCAGCUGGAGAAGAUUAGCCACCAAGAUCACAGUGACAAGAGUCGGCUGCUGGAGCUGGAGACGAGGCUGAGGGAGGUCAGCUUGGAGCACGAGGAGCAGAAGCUGGAGCUGAAGCGGCAGCUCACGGAGCUGCAGCUGUCCCUGCAGGAGCGCGAGUCGCAGCUGACGGCCCUGCAGGCCGCCCGGGCAGCCCUGGAGAGCCAGCUCCGCCAGGCGAAGACAGAGCUGGAGGAGACGACCGCAGAAGCCGAGGAGGAGAUCCAGGCGCUCACGGCCCAUCGAGACGAAAUCCAGCGCAAAUUCGACGCCCUUCGCAACAGCUGCACUGUCAUCACCGACCUGGAGGAGCAGCUGAACCAGCUCACCGAGGACAAUGCCGAGCUCAACAACCAAAACUUCUACCUGUCCAAACAACUGGAUGAGGCUUCUGGUGCCAACGACGAGAUCGUGCAGCUGCGGAGCGAGGUGGACCAUCUCCGCCGUGAGAUCACGGAGCGGGAGAUGCAGCUCACCAGCCAGAAGCAAACGAUGGAGGCCCUGAAGACGACGUGCACCAUGCUGGAGGAGCAGGUCCUGGACCUGGAGGCCCUGAACGAUGAGCUUCUGGAGAAGGAGCGCCAGUGGGAGGCCUGGAGGAGCGUCCUCGGGGAUGAGAAGUCCCAGUUCGAGUGUCGAGUUCGAGAGCUGCAGAGGAUGCUGGACACAGAGAAGCAGAGCAGGGCGAGAGCCGAUCAGCGGAUCACCGAGUCUCGCCAGGUGGUGGAGUUGGCAGUGAAGGAACACAAGGCCGAGAUUCUCGCUCUGCAGCAGGCUCUCAAAGAGCAGAAACUCAAAGCCGAGAGCCUGUCGGACAAGCUCAACGACCUGGAGAAGAAGCACGCCAUGCUCGAGAUGAACGCCCGGAGCUUACAGCAGAAACUGGAGACAGAGCGGGAACUCAAACAGAGGCUCCUGGAGGAGCAAGCCAAGUUGCAGCAGCAGAUGGACCUGCAGAAAAACCACAUCUUCAGACUGACACAAGGGCUGCAGGAGGCGCUGGACCGAGCAGAUCUGCUGAAGACAGAAAGGAGUGACCUGGAGUAUCAGCUGGAAAACAUUCAGGUUCUCUACUCUCAUGAGAAGGUGAAAAUGGAAGGCACGAUUUCUCAACAAACCAAACUCAUUGAUUUCCUGCAAGCCAAAAUGGACCAGCCUGCGAAAAAGAAAAAGGGUUUAUUUAGUCGACGGAAAGAGGACCCUGCUUUGCCCACACAGGUUCCUCUGCAGUACAAUGAGCUGAAGCUAGCCCUGGAAAAGGAGAAAGCGCGCUGCGCGGAGCUAGAGGAAGCCCUUCAGAAGACCCGCAUCGAACUCCGGUCUGCGCGGGAGGAAGCUGCCCACCGCAAAGCCACGGACCACCCGCACCCGUCCACGCCAGCCACUGCGAGGCAGCAGAUCGCCAUGUCCGCCAUUGUGCGGUCCCCCGAGCACCAGCCCAGUGCCAUGAGCCUGCUCGCCCCGCCAUCCAGCCGCAGAAAGGAGUCCUCCACUCCAGAGGAGUUCAGCCGGCGUCUGAAAGAGCGUAUGCACCACAACAUUCCUCACCGGUUUAAUGUGGGCCUGAACAUGCGAGCCACCAAGUGCGCCGUGUGUCUGGAUACCGUGCACUUCGGCCGCCAGGCAUCCAAGUGUCUCGAAUGUCAAGUGAUGUGUCAUCCCAAAUGCUCCACCUGCUUGCCCGCCACCUGUGGCCUGCCUGCUGAAUACGCCACACACUUCACCGAGGCCUUCUGCCGUGACAAAAUGAACUCCCCAGGUCUCCAGAGCAAGGAGCCCAGCAGCAGCUUGCACCUGGAAGGGUGGAUGAAAGUGCCCAGGAAUAACAAACGAGGACAGCAAGGCUGGGACAGGAAGUACAUUGUCCUGGAGGGUUCAAAAGUCCUCAUCUAUGACAAUGAAGCCAGAGAAGCUGGACAGAGGCCGGUGGAAGAAUUUGAGCUGUGCCUUCCCGACGGGGACGUAUCUAUUCAUGGUGCCGUUGGUGCUUCUGAACUUGCAAAUACAGCCAAAGCAGAUGUCCCAUACAUCUUGAAGAUGGAGUCUCACCCACACACCACCUGCUGGCCUGGGAGAACCCUCUACUUGCUAGCACCCAGCUUUCCUGACAAGCAGCGCUGGGUCACCGCCUUAGAAUCUGUCGUCGCAGGUGGGAGAGUUUCUAGGGAAAAGGCAGAAGCCGAUGCUAAAUUACUUGGAAACUCUCUGCUGAAGUUGGAAGGUGAUGAUCGGCUUGACAUGAACUGCACCCUGCCCUUCAGCGACCAGGUGGUGCUGGUGGGCACCGAGGAAGGCCUCUAUGCGCUGAACGUCUUGAAAAACUCCUUAACCCACAUCCCAGGAAUUGGAGCAGUCUUCCAGAUUUACAUCGUCAAGGACCUGGAGAAGCUGCUCAUGAUAGCAGGGGAAGAGCGGGCCCUGUGUCUGGUGGAUGUGAAGAAGGUGAAGCAGUCCCUGGCACAGUCACACCUUCCCGCCCAGCCCGACAUCUCCCCCAACAUAUUCGAAGCCGUCAAAGGCUGCCACUUGUUCGCUGCUGGCAAGAUCGAGAACAGCCUCUGCAUCUGCGCCGCUACGCCGAGCAAAGUCGUCAUCCUCCGCUACAAUGACAACCUCAGCAAGUACUGCAUCCGCAAGGAGAUAGAGACCUCUGAGCCCUGCAGCUGUAUCCACUUCACCAAUUACAGCGUCCUCAUUGGAACCAACAAGUUCUAUGAGAUUGAUAUGAAGCAGUACACGCUUGACGAGUUCCUGGACAAGAACGACCAUACGCUGGCACCUGCUGUGUUCGCCUCCUCGUCCAACAGCUUCCCUGUGGCCAUCGUGCAGGCGAGCAGCGCCGGGCAGCGGGAGGAAUACCUGCUGUGCUUCCAUGAAUUUGGGGUGUUCGUGGAUUCUUACGGAAGACGUAGCCGCACAGAUGAUCUCAAGUGGAGCCGCUUACCUCUGGCCUUCGCCUACAGAGAACCUUAUCUGUUUGUGACUCACUUCAACUCACUGGAAGUAAUUGAGAUCCAGGCCCGCUCCUCACUGGGGACCCCCGCCCGAGCAUAUCUGGAAAUCCCAAACCCUCGAUACCUGGGCCCCGCCAUUUCCUCCGGAGCAAUUUACCUGGCCUCCUCCUACCAGGACAAGCUAAGGGUCAUAUGCUGCAAAGGAAACCUCGUGAAGGAGUCCGGCCCUGAGCAGCACCGGGUGCCCUCCGCCUCCCGCAGCAGCCCCAACAAGCGAGGCCCACCAACAUACAACGAGCACAUCACCAAACGUGUGGCCUCCAGCCCAGCGCCACCAGAAGGCCCCAGCCACCCCCGAGAGCCAAGCACACCCCACCGCUACCGAGACAGAGAGGGCCGGACAGAGCUUCGCAGGGACAAGUCUCCAGGCCGUCCUCUGGAGCGGGAGAAGUCCCCAGGCCGGAUGCUCAGCACGAGGAGAGAGCGAUCCCCAGGGAGACUGUUUGAAGACAGCAGUAGGGGCCGGCUGCCUGCGGGAGCAGUGAGGACCCCACUGUCCCAGGUUAACAAGGUCUGGGACCAGUCUUCAGUAUAAGUCUCAACCAGAAAAACACCUCCUCCUCAUCUCAGUCUGCAGGAAAACACUGCGCUCUAGGGCUCCACCGCAGGGGACCCCAGCACCCGUCCGCCCGGCCCGCAUUCGGCACAGCUGGGUCCAGACUGUCCUUGGCACGGAUACCCCCAUCUCCAAGGGGUGCAGAUAGCCAAGGCUCUUAGGCGCUGCCAGCGCUCAGUCCCCCCCUCGGAGGGGAGGGAGCACCUUCCUGCAGUCAUCUCUGCACUGUUAACUCUCUCAGCAUUCACAGACUUUUGUACUUACCUCCAGCCUGAACCCAAUCAUCAAAAGGAAACCAACCCGGACUCAAACCGUGGCUGGAAGUCUACUGCUACUCUAAGAUCCUCGGGUUGGUUGUUUUGUUUUGUUUUUUUUUUCUUCUUCCCUCUUUGGUUUUGAUUUCCUUUUCCUCCUCCUCCUCCUCUUCUUCCUCCUCUUUUUUUUUUUUUAAGACAACAGAAUUCGUAGUAGACUUGGGUAGCGAUGUAUUUCCUGUUGUAGUGGUUUUUUAGCUAGAUCACACCAUCAGGUCUUUGCCACUGAAAUGUAGCCUAGAAGAGCCCCACUGUCAGUUGGCUAACCUCCUGUCUUCAUGUAGCUUCCGUCAUUCUUGUCCCGGUCCAUUCUCAUAGAUGGCCCUGUCUUAGCAGGGUGACAUCCUAGCCAAAUGUUUACCGUUCUCAUUGCCUUUUUAUGGCCUUGACAACUUCCCUUCCCACCAGCCGAGAAUGUAUGGAGGGUCACGGCUCAGAGGCAGUGACCUGGGGCCAAGGGACCUCGAGCUCUCCUCCCCCGCCCUACAGCCGCAUCUCCCCAGCCUGCCUCCCCGGCUUUCCAUGUAGCUCUGGCCAGGAAAGCGUGCAAUAGACUUGCUCCAAGCCCAGCACUAAUAGGCCUUGGGGUUGGGCCUGGGACCGGGGCACCCGCCUCCUGUCCGAGGGUCACUCCUCUGGGAUGAGGAGGAAGACCCGGCUGGGAGCUCUGCAUGGCGGAUCGCUGCAUGUGCUGCCCCUGACCUGCCUGACUCCUCCCUGGGUUGCUCUGCCGAUGUCUUGCUGCCAUCCCAUAACCCCACCAAAAUCAAGACCCUCUCGAUGACUUGUCAACAAACCGGCCACAACAGGCUGCAAUCUGUAGCACUGAACAAGCAAACGAAAACAAAACAAAAACGCUCAAGCCUUACGACCAGAGAAGGAUUUCAGCAAACCACACUCCUCCCUCGGUUUCCCUCCCGCCUUCCAGUUCCCUGUUGACUUCAAGGAUGACUGUGUACUCACACAAAGCCCAGCACGGUUCUACCCCAUGAAACUGUGACUUCCCAGAUGAGCCUCUCCCUAGGGCUGGACCUAAGGCCAGGACACUGGAGAGAAGCCGCAGCUCAACGCUCCCAGCCCCGCAGGGCUGGCGAGUUCCCCUUAGGUGCAGUGCGGCUCACCCCGUCUCUCCGCCCUCUUUAGAGAAUUCCUGGCCACCGGAUAGAACCAACCAACGUAGAGGCUUUGCAGUUGGCAAGCUAACUAGCUGCCUUAUCUUUGCCUUUAAUCUCCCACAAGGCCUCUCCUGCUUUGGAUUCUCCUCGACUCUUAGGCGUGCCCACCACGAAGGCACACCCUAGGUAGGCUGAAAGGUAGACCUGUCCCCACCGCAGCAGGUGACCGUGUCUGUGUUUUCAGCCCACGCGUCCACAGUCCAUGUUACCUCCCAGAUUACAACCUGGCCUAAAUGCCGACUCCUUCCUGCUUGUCACUAACCUAAGUGCUUUCUCGUUUGAAACGCCCGUGACCCUCCACAUCCCGUGCCCGCCCCGCUGUUGUGUUUACGUGUUGCUUGGAGUCUUUGGGGUCAUGUUUCCUAUCCGCACCCUCCCACUCCUGUAUCCCCCCACCCCCAGGGCAGAUCUGACUGGCUGUUUGCUGAAGUUUUUGUCUCUUGGUCCACAAGUAUUUGGAAUGGUCACUGAUAACUGGUCUUCAGUCUUGGCAUCUCAUUUAGGACCUCCACGAAACGCGGGCACCUUGAGCCCUGACAGUGUAUAUUGCGUGUCUCAUCUGUGAAGUGCUUCCCGCUACAUAGAGCUAGCUCAACAGACUGUACAUAUUUACAAGAAACUUUAUAUUCGUAAAAAAAAAAAAACGGAAAUUGAAUUGGUUUCUACUUUUUUAUUGUAAAAGGUGCAUUUUUCAACACUUUUGUUUUCAACGGUGGUAGCUGUGGACAGCCGUCUCCACCGGAGUGGGGAGCUCUCUGUGUGACCACCGAGAUGCCAGCAGGAAAUAAUCGUAACCCGAAAUCGCAGUCAAAAGCUUAUAUUAGCAUCGAUAAGAUUCUAGGUCUCCAAAAAUACAGGCUUUUUUCUUCAUUACCUUUUUUUAUUAAGAACGAGGAGAACACAUGGAAGAUUCCAGAUUCACCUGAGAGGGCUGACUCUGUUGUUGAACGAUAGUGAAAUAAAGCAGUGGUCUCAAAAAA